CCGUCUAUAUAUUCUUACGUCCAUGACUGUUUUGUGGUAACUGGUAUUACGACAGCUAUUGUGUGUGUGUUGUGGUGCACUAUUAAGAAAAUGAUGACCUCGUCGGAAACGUCGGAUAUGGAAAAUCUGGCGAGUGAAAAUAGUGCCGAAGAUUCCGCGAUCCUGGAGGUGAGCUCUAUGGCGGUAGGCGGAAUUGUGAAGCAGGAAAGCCGCGAUGUCGAUUUCUUAUCCAACUGCAGCACCUCCAUAGAGGGAUCCGUGAUUGCUUCACCUUCUAUUGACAGUUUCUCUACUCUUCCGGAUCAGGAGAUAUCGGACUUUCAGACCGAUUCGCGAGAUCUGCAAGUGAAAGUGGACAAUCCACAGAAACAUCUUGAAACUCUGGAGACAUAUAUUACAUUUCGCAUAACAACCAGGACCACACGUCCAGAGUUUGAAGAAGGAGAAUAUAUAGUUCGCAGACGUUACAAUGAUUUUAUUUGGCUGCGUCAAAAGUUAGUGGAUACUUAUCCAACACAUAUUAUACCACCAAUGCCAGGCAAACAUACACUACUUGCUCAGUUGGAUCGCUACUCAAAGGAAUUUAUCAUAGCACGCAUGAAACUUCUGCACAUAUUUUUGAACAGAGUGAUAAAUCAUCCUAUUCUCAGUUGCGAUAAAAAUCUUCACAUCUUUCUCACAACUAAACCUGCGGAAUUUCUUGUUCAUCGCAAGAACCGUGGAAAUAUGCUUGGAAAAGUGACAGAUUCCUUGCAGAAUAUGACAAGCACGUAUACGAUGAAACAACAUCAUUUGGAGUUUGAGCAGAUUCGGGACUAUUGCACAGCUCUGAGCGAAAAACUGUCUGCUAUAGAUAAGAUUAAUCAUCGUAUACAUAAAGAGAGACAAGAUUAUUUAUUGGAGCUUCACCAGUUGCAUCCUAUAUUUACUUUGUGGGCAACCUCAGAGCCAGAGCUCGCAUCCAUUUUAUUAGCGAUCGCUAAAGCGGUUGAAGCAAACGCGAUGGCUCAUCAGAAACUACUCGAGAACAUUCCAAAUGACGAACGCGAAUAUGUCUCGUACAUAGAAGCGGUGAAAAAUGCAUUAUCCCGACGUGAUUCGAUGCAAAUUGAAUACGAAAUAACAGUAGAUCUGUUAGCGAAAAAAAGGUCGGAGAAAGAUCAGUUGAUAGGGAGUCCGAGCUACGCGAUACCCGCGCAAGGCUGGGGUGGAUCUCUAUGGAAACCAGAAUCUCGCGACGAAAAGUUGGAGCGACUUAGCCAGAUCAUUCCGCGAUUAGCUAAGCAGACGGAAAUAUUGCAAGAUCGCGUGGAAUGCGCGAACGAGAAUUUGCGAAGCGACUUGCAGAGAUGGAACGUGGAGAAGCAGCAGGAUUUAAAGAGCAUGCUGAUUGCGAUGGCCGACCGACAUAUCAGGCACUAUCAACAAUGUAUGAACGCGUGGGAAGAGAUACUUGCCGGCCUCAAGUUAGAUGGGAUUGGAUCUGACAUUAAUGUAGGACCACCUGUCAAGAUACCUGUUUGAACUGCUAGUCUAUCUCUCUCUCUCUCUCUCUCUCUCUUACAUACGUACGUGCGCGCGCGCACGUUCCGAGAAAACAGAAAAAAGAAUAGAUAGAGAAUAAAUGUUUAUUUAAACACAAAAAGGUAAAAUAACAUCGUUCACGAGAUCUCUAUUAAAUAAUGUCACAACAUUUAUUGCAAUCCAGAUAACAAUUCCUAUUUACUAUAUAUAGCUUGUUAUCAUUGCUUUCCGUAGAAUCAUAUCGUCAUUCUGUAUCUCUGAGAGGAUUUAUUUAGCAAAAUGGAGGAGUUAUAACGAAUGUAUUUGAUAUAAUAAUAAAAGUAGCGCAUUUUUUUUUUAUGUACAUAUUAUAUAUAAUAUGUUAAUAUCAAAAUUCUAUUUAAAAAAUUGCCUUUAUGAUACAAUAAGAUCAUGUGUGAUAAUGUAAGAAAUUAACGUAAAUUUUUCUGUAUAUAUAUAUUCUACAUGUAUUGUUGUAGGAUAAAAAAAGAAUUAGUAAGUAUGUAUAUCGCGUACGCGAACGAAAUUCUCCGAGGAUGUUCCUUUUUUUUUUUUUUUUUAGAGUUAGAUUAUCAAUUAAUUAUUUUAGGGACCAAGUAUCGGACCGGUUGUCACUAUUCUCCGUUCUUUCUCUCCCGAUUACUUCAAAACCACGUUACGAUACAUUUAUUGACAAUCAGUUUAGUCACCUAUAUAUAUCUACUAUAAUAUUAUGAAAGUGCAGUAGUUACCAUGACACACAGCGUAGAUAUAACUUUAAUGUAUAGUAUACAGAGCAAUGGUAAAUUUUACAAAUCAGAGCAAAAUACUUGCGAGAGCUUCGUUGUAUUAUUAUUUAGUACCGUCUAUUGCCUCUAACAAUAAGUUGCACUUAAAUUAUUACACUAGGAAGAGACAUAUAAAGAGAGAGAGAAUUUCAACAUUGGCUCAUAUUUCUCUUCUUAUGUCGAUAUUAUUUAUGCUCGAGAAAAAUUUAUAUUCACUUAUACACUAUAAACAAUGCGAAGUUACACAUUUCUAUACAUUAUAUGCCACUUGUCACUUGUUCGUCAAAUAGAUAAAAACAGCAAAAAUUUAUAUUAUAAUAAAUAAAUUAUUGUU